AUGGCUAGGCUCAUAAAGGGAAGGAGAUGCAGAGAGUUUGUGAUGGCAGUUCUAACUCUAACUGCCCUGAUCUAUUUUAUCUGGAGGGUGAGGAAUGAAGCACUGUGGGAAGGAAGAAUAAUGAUGCCAGGGAAGCUGAUUGAAGCUGUUAAGCAGGAGUGGUUUCCCAAUUUGAGUAGUGAAAAACAUCAAUUAAUGGCGGAUGAAAGCACAUCUGGUAGGGUUACAAGAGGUAUCCCACAUACUCUUCAAAAUUUAGAUUCCCCUUCUUUUGAUUUGGGUAUUUCUCAGCAACAACAUGAUGUUGAUGCAGCUUCUGCUGAGAAAAUUGUUGCUGAAAGGAGAUCUAGGAAAAUCCAUGAUCCUUCCAGAAUCAGAAUUCCUUCAACUGCCUCCAAAUUCAUGGUUAAACGUCCCCCCACUCAACCGAUACGUUAUGCUUCAUAUAUGAACCAUAACAUUAAAGAUGAGUUGAAGGAAAAACUGACAGAUAGACAAUUCAAGCUAUUUUCCAAAACUGUUUUUGGAAAAUAUAUGGAGAUGCAAGUUGACACCGACGUGCAGGGUCAGUUAUUUAGGUGUUUUAUGCUUAGGGAGUUGAAGCGUAGUAAUAGCGAUGCGUUUGUUAUCGAUAUUAACGGGACGGAAUUGACAUUCAGUCUUUUUGAAUUUGCUUUAAUUACUGGUUUGAAGUGUUACGGGGAUGAAGUUGUUUUUGACGAGGGUUCUAACAGAUUGUUGGAUCAAUAUUUCGGUGGUUCUGGUAAUAGUGUUUUAAAGAUGACUUUAAAUAAGUGCUUUGAAGACAAGGAUUGGGGUGUUGGUGAUAACGCAGAUGAAGAUGCUGUAAAGAUUGAUAUCCUGUAUUUCAUUCAUAAUUACAUACUUUCAAGUGAAAAGAGGAACGUUGUUGUCCCAAGACAUCAUUUUGACUUGGUGGAGAGUGAACAGUACAAUGAACAUACUUGGGGUAAGGAAGCAUUUGAUGAUUUGAUUAAGAAUAUUCACCACAAGAUGGACAAGCCAAAGCAGUUUUAUUGUCUACGGGGGUUCCCUUUUGCUAUGCAAGUGUGGAUAUAUGAGUGUUGCUCUAAUGUUGACCCUAAUUUAAUGGUUAAAACCGGAACCCGAAUCCCAAGAAUGUUUAAUUGGAGAACAGUGAACCCAAAACCAUCUGUUAACUACUUGAUGUUGGCGCAUGACACCAGUUGUAAAUUCAACAACAUUGUUCCGACCAUAUCAGAGGUUGAGAAGCAUGGUCUGCGUGCAUAUCUGGUCAACAGACGUGCACCACCACCCCAAUCACACCAAGAGGAGGAAAAUGAAUAUGCUGAUUUUACCACUACACCUCCCCAUGUUGCCGCUGCCAAGAAAACUCAAAAGAACGAUGCUUCAAAAUCUCCACCGCACAAGAAGCCCAGGAAGAUGUCAACGGUAGCAUUGCAUGUUCAGAAGUCACCAACCACUAUCCCAAAAAAACCUACAGUUGGACAAUCAUCUAAAAAAUCUGCUUCGGUGGUAGAUAAGUCAGUUCAAUCAAAGGAAAAAGAAAAAGCUGCUCCAAGUGUCCACCGCGUUCCUGUUGAUGAUGUAUCCACCAGCAAAUCAGUUGACCUCACAAGUUUAAGGCAGGAACUUGAUCAAUUUAAGCAGGAAGUGCUUGGUGAAUUCAAGGUUAUUUUUACUGAGCUCAAGGAUCUUCGCAAAACUAUUGAUAAAAAUUUCAAAAAAGUUUUGAAACAUGUCAAAGGGAAACAAAACUCAGAAAAGGAUGAUGACAGUGAAACUCAUGUUCCUUUAAAUGAUGGCAACAUACAUCAACAAGCUGAUGAUUACAUGGACCAUGAUGACGAUAUUCACACGGAGACUGAUACGGGUGAUGUGCAUGCAACAGAGGAGAAGGGUAUUGCACCGGAUAUUCAAGUCGGUAUUGGCAAUGAUAGCGGCGAUACGCUGAAAGCUUCAACCGAAGAGAUUGCGGAAGGAGGUGAUCAUUCAGGAGAACCGAAGACUUCGGUUGAACGUCCGGUGGAUCCAACAGAGGAAAAGGUUAUUGCACCGUAUAUUCAAGUUGAUAUUGGCAAUGAGAACGGCAAUACGAUGGAAGCUUCAACCGAAGAGAUUGCAGAAGGAGGUGAUCUUUCAGGAGAACCGAAGACUUCGGUUGAACGUUCGGGGAAACAUACCAUGGAAGAGCAAAAAUGUUCUGAUGAUUCAAAUAAUUCUGAGAUGAUCGCACAGGUGCUAGCAAAUAUAGCAGAAUCAGAAAUGACUAACGAACAACUUCACACAGAAAAAACCGAGGAAAACACCAGCUCAACUGUCUUAGAGGAACCCCAGGCAGCAGUUUGUAACGCUCAGCCGUUGUCUCAGUGGUUGUUGCCUGAUGAAAAGAACAACGAAGACCAUUACAAAAAACAAAUGGCAGUUUUUGACAAUGGAGUCAAAUACAAUUUUGGCAUCACAACUGUCAAUGAUAAGAACUGGUUUUACCUGUUAUCGAUGGAUGGUCAGCUUUGGAAUGACGAGCACAUUGACGUCAUUAUCUAUUACUUUCGGAAGAAAGGAAAGUACGAUAAAAGGAACAAUUUCAGCUUUACUACUGUUGACUGCCUAUUCAAGCAGAGAAUUGAUGUGGUCCACCACGCAUAUCGCAAUGUUGAAACACAGACAAAUGUCGCAAAUGAAGAGCAAGUAUUGAUUGAGUACGUUAAGGGCCACAGGCUUAUUGCCAAUGUCCCGUGGCAUACCGUUGACAACGUGCUAAUACCGGUGAAUAUACAAGAAGAAAAUCAUUGGUUAUUGGUACUCCUUUCAUUCAAGGACAGGGACUGUGGUGUUUUUGUGGCAGCGUAUGAUGAGUAUUUGACAUCGGGUGAAAGGAUUCCAGAGGUCAUUGAUGCACACAUGCAGCGUAUGAGAUACGGUGCACUCUUAUGGGACUACGCUGAAGACAAGGUUGUUGACAAUGCAGAGAGUGAUAAUGAAGUUCCACCAAGACCGAUUAGGCCAGCAAUUGAUUACGACACAGUAGAUGCAAUUGAUGUUUGA